AGAAGGAAUUGUAUUGCCAGCGGGCCGUCCACACAUCCCACCCGCCCUCCGUGCCCACCAUGUCCUCUGAAGAAGACCUGCGCUCCGACGACGACGACGAACAAGAAGAAGACGACUUCUCGGAGGAAGAAGAGGAGGAAGUGACUCCGAAAAAGCGCAAAGGUAGCGCCGCCACCAAGCCCAAGAAGAAGAAGAAGCCCAAAGUCAUGAGCUUCAUCGAUGACAUGGCAGACGAAGCGUCCGAUGAUGAGAGCGAAGACGACUACGACCGGGGAGAUUUCCUCCCAGAUGAACGUCAUCUUGCUGAAGAAGAGAAGGAAGAACUUGACCACCAAAGCCACCACCAAUACAAUCAGCACCGCAAUUCCGCUGCGCACAACGAAGACGACACGGAAGAGAUCAUUCGUGAACUCAAGAAGCGUUCCAAGCAGCAGAGUCGUCGAGGAAACGAAGAUGACGAAGAAGAUACUGUCGAGUCCAUGCAAUCGGCAGUCGCCCAACAGGCUUUGUUGCCUUCUAUCCAAGACCCGCGCAUGUGGGUGUUUAAGUGCAAGCCGGGACGCGAACAAUAUUUGGUCAUGGCCCUCAUGAACAAGUUUCUGGAGUUUGCAAAGCGGGGGACACCUUUGCCCAUCAAGUCGGUGAUUGCUUCCAGCUCCAAAGGCUUCAUAUACGUCGAAUCGGAGCGCGAACCGUACGCGAAAGACGCUGUUAACGGCAUCCGCGAUAUCUUUCCGUGGUCGAUGAAAUUGGUCCCGAUUCACGAAAUGACGGCGGUACUGACCAUCCAGAACAAGAAGACUCCCGUCACAGCCGGCUGCUGGGCUCGCUUCAAGCGCGCGGGGUUAUACAAAGGCGACUUGUGCAAAGUGAUCGAAAUCAUCGACAACGGCUUGCGGGCGAUCGUCAAACACAUUCCCCGUCUCGACCAAAUCGUUCUCCAAGGAGGUGAACAGCCCAAGUACAAGAAAGGUCAACGACCGCCACUCAAGCUGUUCAACGUGGCAUCGCUACAGGGCACGUCCGCGGAAGUGAGUCGCAAACGGCAUCCAUUGCUAGACGUCAUGAUGGACUUUUUCGACAACGAAUGGUUCAAAGAUGGGUUCCAGUACAAGGAGCUCAACAUUGCCACGAUGUUGCAACUGGACGAAGUGAACCCGACGCUGGACGAAAUCAACAAGUUUUCCCACACGACGACGGACGGUGACUCGGACAACGACCAGCCGUCGUCGUCUGUCGCCAAGCUCGACCUCGGCGAUGCCGACGCGUGGAAAAACAAGGUCGACUUGACCAAGGGCGACACGGUCAAAGUGAUUGAAGGCGACUUGAUCAACCUGUUGGGGGUCGUCGUCGGCACCAACUCGAACAACGACACUGUGCGCGUCAUGCCACUCCACGACGAGAUCAAAGAUACGAUCUUGGACUUUCAGCUCAAGCAACUGAUGAAAAUCGUCAAGGUGGGCGCGCACAUUAAAGUGGUGUCUGGACGGUAUUCAGGGGAAACCGGCACGGUCGUGAGCUUGGACGAGUCGCUUGGGGCGCCAGUCGCGAUUGUGCUCGUGGAUACCCAAGCCAAGGAAAUCCAAGUGCGCGUCCGCGACAUUCAAGAGUCGGCUGAAGUAUCGCAAGGGCUCGACUCGCUCAAAGGCAAGGAGCUAUACGAUUUGGUCGCGCUCCCCCACGGCGAAGUCGGCGUCAUCACGCACGUCGGGCGCGACAGUUUUACCGUGCUCGCUCAAAACGGCCAGACGAAGAACAUUGCGGACCAGGAAAUCCAACGCAAAAUCUACUCAAAUCGCGCGUCGGCGCUGGACAAGAAGGGUAACCCGAUCACUGUCGGCGAAAUGGUGCAAGUCGUGGAAGGUUCAUUUGCGGGCCAAACUGGCACGAUCAAGCACAUUUACCGCAGCUUUAUCUUUCUGCACAACAACCGUGUGACGAUGAACGCGGGCAUCUUUAUGGUGCGCAACAGGCAGCUCGUGCUUUCAGGCGACAAAGUCAAGUCCAACUCGAGCACGCCUGGAAUCGGUGGCGCAGGAGGUCCAGGCGGAGACCGCAACGGCGGCCGCGAUCGGCAACAACAGCAACGAGGCGGGCCUCGAGGCGGGUUCCAGUCCGACUUGGUCGGGAAAACCGUCAAGAUCAAGCGCGGUCAGUGGAAGGGGUAUAUUGGGAUGGUCGUCGACGAAGGCGAUACUACGGUCAAGGUCGAAAUCCAUUGCAAGUCCAAGUGUGUCGAAGUCGAAAAGAAGAUUGUGAAUGUGGCAGGAGAUCGACAAGGUGUCCAUGUGGACCGUACCCAUGGAGGCACGACGAUGUCGUCGCAGACCCCCAUGGUGAGCCAAACGCCGCUGUAUCACAGCAUGACUCCGAUGGCGACCCCGCUGCAUGCGCCGCGGACGCCCUCGUCGCGACCGGCCUAUACGUCAGGUUCGAGGACGCCACAGCAAGAUGCAUGGUCGUCGCACAACGACGAUGCGUUGCUCGAAGCAAACGUGCCACACGAGCGGGAGAUAUCCCACGCGCAAAGCUUUGGCACUCCACUGGAACCUGUUGUCCCGUCUGAGUUUGGCGUUGCCAGCACGUAUAAGCAAUCGAGCUACAACGACAUGAACACGAUGCUGAACCACCCGACGACACCUGGGCUCCUCAAUCCGACCACACCAGGAUUCCAAGGCCCAUACAGCACACCGGGCGGCCUCCAACCGACGACGCCGUUUGUGUCAACUCCUGGAAUGCCACCUGCACAAACGCCACUGCAGACGCCGUUCCAGAGCCACCAUUCGUUUGGUCCAACUACGCCAGGCAUCAACAUGAUGCACCACCACCACCCGACCACGCCCGGUGUGAUGAACCCGACGACGCCCGGUUUUUCGGCAUAUACCCCAAUGAACCCCACAACCCCCGGUCUGUUUGCAAAGGGGACGCCCGCGGCUGCGACACCGCAUGGCGUUGGCAUUGGUGCUACGCCCGCCCCCAUGACACCUGCCAGUGGUCUGUACUACGACAGCGGCAUGGGCGGGUCUAGUGGCGGCGGCGAAGCGUCGUGGAUGAGCAAAGGCGUUGUCGUCGAAUCGACGAGUCCUGGCGAGCACUACAAGGCCAAGGGCGUGAUUGUGUCGGUGGGCCAUGACACGUGCCUGCUCGAUAUCCGAGGGCAGACCGUGAGCAUCCACGUGGAUUACCUCAACCACGUGACCCCCGAAAAGGGCGACAACGUCAAGAUCUUGGUUGGGGACGAAGCCGGGAUGACGGGUGGCCUCAUCGGGACGGACGCCCACGACGGAAUUGUCAAGAUGGACGGCACGGCCGAAAUCAAGUGCUAUCCUUUGAGUCAAUUGGCCAAAGUGGUCACCAACUAGUCGGAUAUCCCAAGCAUCGUAAAUGUAUUUUGAAAGAAAAUUCAAACUUCUUGGCUUCUUGGGCUGUACGAACCAACGGUUGGUGGUCGUGGCUGAGUGUGCACUGGAGGUGCUGCACUGGGUGGCUGGGCCCAGUGCCCCUUCCAGUCAGAACACCCGGCCUGCCCCUCCAACUCUUCCGACCUCUCCCGGAACACCCAUGAGUGCCCAUGGAUCACUUGCCCAAGCCAGGGCUGGCCUCGCAGGCCAGCCUUUGAGUGGCCGGUUG